CGCAUUAGUUUACAUCAUGGUUGCUGUAUGACUGGCCGCAACUGUCUGCAACUGUCAAUGCCGAUCAAUUAGCGGCAAAAUGUCCAGUAAAGGUGCUACUAAGAAAACUGAACUUAAAGAUGAAGUCAAGACACGUACGCGGUCUAAAACAAAGGCUCUAUUGGGCAGCGAGGGCAAGGAAGAAACAUCGAGAAAAUCGGAGUCUAAUCUUCCAAAGAAAUCUCAAGGUGUUGAACACAGAGGAGACGGAGACAGAUCAAAACAGAAUUCCGUGACAAGCAGAACACACUCAACUAGAAGUACUAGUAAACAGUCGAGUGGUUCAUCUCAGCUUAAGACCACAAAGCAAAGUCUCACAUCCUCAACGUCGAAAUCUAAUCCGAUUAAAGCCUUAUCUAGUCAGUCGAUAACAAAAAAGAGUACAAGUUCAAAAACGAGAUCUGAGAAUGUUGUUAAAUCGAGCGACGACAGUACAGUCAAAAAGAGGAAGUCCAGAGAGCAAGCAGAAUAUUCAGAGAAAAGAGGUUCGAGUACAAUAUACAUGCCAAAAUCGACUACAAGCAAGCUUAAUGUUAAAUCCAACGAGAAGACUGCGCAUCGAACAUCAAGAGAUGGAAAACUGCAAGAUUCUUCCAUACCUGAUCGAACCAAACCACGAAUGCCAUCCAGAGAACGAAGAAAAUCUAGAACUCUGAGUCCAAGUGAAAUUAGAAUGCUGCAUAGCGCCAUAAAAAGACCAAAUAUUGAGAAAAUGGAGCAGAAGAAAAAUGAUACUCGUUCUAACGUGCAAAUGGAUUCAGAUGAGGAAAUUUACGAUUAUGAAGAUGAUUUUGAGGAUUAUGAGUCGGACUUUCAAGAAUGCACCGACAGUGAAUUUUCCGUGAUCAGCGAAAAGUCAGACAGCAGCGGUAGCAAUUCCCAUCUGGAACCCAUCGAGUUACGCAGCCGAGAGAAAAGAAGCGUAGUGAAUAUCGACCAAGCAAAGGUCGAAGAGGAACGCAUGCUUGAUUCAGGACACUACGAUCUCGCAGAAGCGAGGAAACGAGCGGCGCGAGUAGAAUCUAUGUUUGCAAAUCAGCCCAACACUCCGCCGUUACCCGAAUUGAGAGCGCCAGUUGGCAAAGCAUUUAGCGAUGACAGACUGGUGGAAAAUAAAUCUUUGCCGUCGUCGACCGAUGAGGGUUUCGAGGAUAGUCGCUCCGGCGACUUUACCAAGUCACCGCCAUUGUCGCAAAUACCGUUUAUCGAUUUUCGUAAACCAAAAGAAAAUCGACUUGAAGAGAACUCACGGAAGUCUCGAAGUAGAGGCGAGGAAUUAUUGGAAAUGAUAAAGCUGGAUUUUAUGGAAUGGUCAAUUCUGGAGUGCAGUCCCGUACCCUAUGAUGAAUUCAUAAGAAAUUACGGAAAAUUAAAUACUCAACAAGUCUUUACUCAAACCGGCGACGAUAAUAUGGAUGUCGAGAUACAAACGGACGAGGUACUCCGCAAGAAUAAGUGGACGCAAUUUCCCGUAACUUGCAGAAAGGAAUUACAUGAUAAACGGGAUAUAAACUUAUUUAAAAUGGAACAAAUUGGCGUCGGAGGUGAUUUCGACGAGGUGGACGAAAUAAGUGUUCUGUUACGACCGUCGUACGAUGUAUUGCGGUUGAAUGAUUUUCUUAAUCGCGCGGGCAUGGUCAUGCUAUCGUUACUAGAAGAGAAGGAGCAUGGCGGUACCGUCUUUCAGAACGAUGUGGAUGAAUUACCGUUCAGCGAUGGAUUCGUGAAGCUCUCUGUAGACACAGUGACAUUUCUAGCUACUAGGCCGGUGAAGAUCAUACAUUAUUCGAAUGUUUUAAACAAAGUUCUGCUCACCAUACAUGCUGCCGUGGAAGAGGAGAUAGAAACCGUGAGCAAGCAAGAUUACGUCACCGAUUGUUGCAUCGGAUGCGUUUGGAAUAUUUCUGAGCCUUCGAUGCCGAAGAAACUCUUUUAUUCUCAGUGUCCCAUUACUGCUUGCUGCUUUCAUUUAACCAACUGCAACAUAGUGUUCGCCGGACUCGAGGACGGAUCGCUGAGUCUCUGGGAUCUCAAGGAGGAUGAGAUGUGGCAUCAGAAGGUUACGGAUAAGGCUAACGAAUUGGAUUGGGUGAUAAGAACGCCUACUUACACGACAACGGCGAAUAUAGAGCAGGAUGCACACACAUCGCAGGUUGUCGCGAUACGCGUGCUGUCCAAGAUCGAGACCACUUCUGCUAAAGCAAGGAACAAUAAGUUUGUUCCCAUCCAGAUAUGUAGCUUAGAUGAGGAUGGUUGGCUUAUAGUUUGGAGCAUUGUUCAUAGCAUGGGUGUGAUUAUCGAUGACUUGGGAUUGUCUCACUGGGGUGACAUAAGACUCAUAAAGAAUCAGAAAAUGUUUCUGAUGAGAAAAAACACGGAAAUAAUGAAUACGUUUGUCGAUAUGCAUGUGGACAGUGCGAAUACAAAUAACAUUUAUAUCGCGACUAACAGUAUUGAUGUUUUGCAUGCUACUUGCAUCAAUAAUAGAACUAAUCCAUUAAUGUACAAACCGGCCGAGAUAAGUGAAUGCGGUGGUUCAACUUGCAUUGACGUUUGUCCUUUUAACCAAUCCUUCUUCUGGGUCGGCUGUGAAGAUGGAACGAUACGACUGCAUUACUUGAACGUGGAGAGACCGAUUGUACAACUGAAAAAUGAACAGUAUAAGGAUAAAAUUAAAGCUCUCCAAUGGUCGAAAACAAAACCGCUGACUAUAUAUGCUCUGGACAAUAAUUCUCGAAUUCACAUAUGGGAUUUGAGUAAAAGUGACAUCUGUCCCGUAUAUACAUGUCAUGUAUCUCCGCAAAAAUGGGGAAAGAUAAGCAGCAUGCAGCUGUCGCCUUGCAUAAUGGAACAAGAUAUGACGAAUCAGUACCUGGCUCUUGGCUCGGAGUCUGGCAAUGUGGAAGUACACAAACUGGAAAAAGGUUUCUAUUCCUCAAAGAAAGAAGAAUUUUCACAAGAACUGAACAUAUUCCUGCGAUACGUUUCGGUUUCAUAGAUUAGUCAAAGAGAAUUAUAGGCACUUAAUAGUCUCGCAUAGAGUUCCAAUUAUUACUAAUUCUUUCAACGAUUUGGAGGAAUUCACGGAUUUUAUACUUCCAAUAUACACGUGAUGCACCUGCAAUAUACAUUAUUUAGAUAUCAGAUAAGACAAGUUGAAAAACUAAUUCGUAUUUUUAAUUGGCAAUUUUAAUUGACGAGGGACAAUCCCGCAUAUCUCGGAACUCUAAUUCGUAAGAUUUGUAAUACAACAACACAAUCGUGUCUUUGAUCAUUUCAAAUAAUAUUGAAUUUUUCGAAUGUGCAAUCGAGCACAUUUAAAUUGUUAUAAUUUUGAAUACUUUACAAAAGCGAGUUAUAUGUAUAAGGAAAUGAGAUUUUUGCACACUUCAUAUCUUUUUAAAACGUAAGUUCCGUUUAGGAAAUAUUGAACGCCGUCCAGUGUAGAUAAAUAGUGUUUAUGACACAUUUAUAUGUACAUUUAUAUCAUGUAUUGUACAAAACAUAUAAAUAAGAGAAGAUGAAAUAAUAAGACUAUACAGUUGAAAUAUAUGUAAGAUUUUAUACAUAGCCUAGCCGGUUUGAUCUCGCGUUUUUCACUACAAAUAGUCCGUUAUUGAUAAUACAAAGAUAAUUAUUCUACUUUUAAAAAUACUUUGGUAAAUACAAUUUUUUACAAAAUGCUUUAAUUUUGACAGACUUUAUUUUACUAAGAAAUCAACAGUUGAUGUUUUUCAAUUAUUUCUAAUAUUUGGUAAUUAGUAACUAUUUAUUAGUAUAAAAAUAAUUAUCAUUCAGUUUUAACAGCAAUUAUCAUGAAUGUGAACGAUAUUUAUAAAGAAUCUAUCAAAAGUCAUAUCUUACUGUUAUCAAAUGAUGUUAAAAAAAAAAAGAUACAAGCGAAAAAAUUAACAUAAUUGCAAACUACCUAUUAUUUACAGCUAAUGAAAUAUUACCAAUUAUUAUAUAUAUUAGGUGUUAAACUUAGUUUCCGCCGUUUUUCGUCUUACAAAAUUAAUUUAUUAGAAAGAGUAAAAUAAAUAGAUUGAUCAAAAUAUUUUCCCUCAUUUUCUAUGACUUUUGCCUAUCUUUCUGAAAGGAGACAUUUUCCUUUCUUCUUCUCUUCUGGAUUUUUCCGAGGGCAUGUAAACGUUUGUAAACAGCCAUUGAAGUAACACCUAACGCUUUCGACAAUUCUGAAAGUAUUUGAGAUGGAUUUUUAUCCAGUAAAGCUUGAGGUUCGGCAUUCUCAAACUUUUUCGGCUGUCCUGAACCAAGAUCUAUAGAGAGAAGGUUACCUCAGGAAAACCGGUUGUGGGCGAGGGACGAUGAAGUAAGGGGGGAGCUAGAAA